AUGAGUGAUUUAGGUUUUGAUCCUACUUUGAAGAAGAAGAAGAAGUCUAAGAAGGUCGAAGGCGAUCUCACGGCCGAAUCUUCGGCUGCUGGGUCUCCAGCACCAGCCGGCGAGUUGGAUGACAUGUUCUCCGGAUUAAAGAAGAAGAAGAAGUCUAAGAAGACCGCUGAAGAAGGAGCUAGCUCAUCGGCUGCCGGCUCUCCAGCCCCUGAAGGUGCAGCAGAUGACUUGUCUGCCUCCUUCGGUGACCUCGGAUUAAAGAAGAAGAAGAAGAAGUCUACUAAGAGCUCAGACGUUACUGAUUUCGAACAGCAAUUGGAAAAGGCAGGAAUUGAAGAAGGUGACGCCACCGCUGAAGGUGUUGACGCUGAAGAAUCAUCGCCAGCCAGCGAAGACCACGCUGGAAAUGGAAGCUCAAGCGCAGGAGUAUUGUCAUAUCCAUCUUUGCUCUCUCGUUUCUUCACUAUCCUUAAACAAAAUAACCCUGAACUUGCCGGGGACAGAUCUGGACCAAAGUUCAGAAUCCCACCACCAGUGUGUCAGAGAGAAGGUUCCAAGAAGACUCUUUUCGCCAACGUUCAAGAAAUCGCCGUAGUUCUCCAAAGAUCUCCAGAACAUCUUAUACAAUUCUUGUUUGCAGAAUUGGGUACCUCUGGUUCCAUUGAUGGUGAAAAGAGAUUGAUCUUGAAGGGUAAGUUCCAGCCCAAGCAAAUGGAGAGUGUGUUGAGAAGAUAUAUCAUCGAAUAUGUCACCUGUAAGACUUGUAAAUCCAUGAACACCGAGUUGAAGAGAGAAUCUGCCAACAGAUUGCAUUUCUUGAGCUGUAAGGCUUGUGGAAGUACCAGAUCUGUCCUGUCCAUCAAGACAGGUUUCCAAGCUCAAAUUGGAAGAAGAAAGAAGGCAUAG